AUGGGGGAACAAAAGGGUGACGACUCCGGAUCAAGUGGACAACCACAGAGACAACGGGCGACACAUAAACGGAGUCGGACUGGCUGCUCAACGUGCAAGAAGCGACAUAUUCGUUGUGACGAGUCAAAGCCAAUAUGUAGAAAAUGUCUAGUCAAGGGGACUGAGUGUCACUACAAUGAUGACAGCUACCCAACGACCCCCUCACCUGCUUCAAGGUCAUCAACACCAUACACACCAGCCGACAUCUCCUUGUUCCCAACACACCCCAUCACUUGGCCGUCACCACCAGCCCCAAUACCACUGCAGCCAGAAUGGGCGGGACACGUCAGUAUCGACCUCCCAUUCAACUCCCUCGAGAUCCUACACCACUCCAACCACUACCGGCAAGCCAUCGCCGACAUGAUCCCCACCCACCACCACCACCACGCCGCCACCCCAGCACCCCUCGCAAGGGAGCCGUUGCACGUGCAUACCAUGAUCCUCUGGGCGUGUAUGCACCUCUACUUCCAGCAGGGCUGCUCCAUGGGCCCAGCGCUCGAGCAGACAUGUCUGCACCACAAGGUCGAGAUGAUGCACGCCCUCAAGGAGCAGCAGCAGCAGCAGCAGUAUCAUCGACACGUGGCACCCUCUUCCGUCCCUGUCGACGAAGGUGGGAAUGACACGUACGCGGGCGCCAUCUUAUGUCUGGCCGUCGUCGAGGCGGCGAUGGACAACACGGAAGCUGCCGCCACCCACCUCGGUGGCCUUUUUGCCGUGGUCGAUGCGAGUACUGAUAUGAGAGGAGCGGCUGGGCCCCAGUCCUCAUGUCAGAUACUGCCGCACCUGGCUCUGAUCCUACUAUCUCUCUUGUCCAAGGCACGACCGUCCAGCGUUCAUCAGAUCAGCAGCCCCCCUUUCCCCAACCCCGAAACUCCACUCUUUCACCCGCAGGCCGACGACCCGAACCGCCUGCAGCCACGCUACUUCACACCCGGGAGAGCAGCGACCACGGAUACGGACGUAUCCAUCCCGCCAAAGGCCUACGCCACAGCCGCGCACCUCCUCGUCCACGCCAUGGCGGAACGGACCCGCGGCGGCUCCUCCUCCUCAUCAUCAUCCUACAGCCUACAGGUCCUCCGGUGGCUGCUCCACUCCCCCAGUGAAGAACACCGGGACGGCAGUAGCAGCUACAACCCCCAGCUCUGGCUCUGGAAGACAGUCCUGUCGGCCUACGUCCUCGUGACCCCCGACUUGGCCCUCCCGGCGACGGAUCCCGUCCGCGUCUGGCUGGGACACCAGGUGGAGCGGUGGAAGAGGUCGGGCUCGACCCAGGUGCCGGAUUCCAUAGCAGACGCCGUCCUGGCCCGCCUUGCGUCACUUCUGGAAGAGCCCGGGUCUGUCAGCGGGAGGGACCGCCUACGGGCGUUGUGCUACGAAGCUGAAGUGCACAAUAGAGGAGGUUAG